AUGGCAGACGGUGAACCGUUGAGUAUAGACAGCAUAAUCGCACGACUAUUAGAAGUAAGAGGAUGUCGUCCUGGUAAAACAGUACAAAUGUCUGAAGCAGAAGUCCGAGGAUUAUGUUUGAAAUCUAGAGAAAUAUUUUUACAACAACCAAUUUUAUUAGAUUUAGAAGCACCUUUAAAAAUAUGUGGAGAUAUACAUGGACAGUACACUGACUUGUUGCGUUUAUUUGAAUAUGGAGGCUUUCCUCCAGAAGCAAACUAUUUAUUUUUGGGAGAUUAUGUUGAUCGUGGAAAACAGUCCUUGGAAACUAUAUGCCUUUUAUUAGCAUACAAAAUAAAAUAUCCAGAAAACUUUUUUCUCUUACGAGGAAAUCAUGAAUGUGCCAGCAUAAACAGGAUCUAUGGAUUUUAUGAUGAAUGUAAAAGACGUUACAAUAUAAAAUUGUGGAAAACAUUUACCGAUUGUUUUAAUUGUUUACCUAUCGCUGCUAUUAUUGAUGAGAAAAUAUUUUGUUGUCAUGGUGGACUUAGUCCUGAUUUACAAGGAAUGGAACAAAUUCGACGUAUUAUGCGUCCAACUGAUGUCCCAGAUACUGGUUUGUUAUGUGAUUUAUUGUGGUCUGAUCCGGACAAAGAUGUAACUGGUUGGGGGGAAAAUGAUAGAGGUGUUUCUUUUACUUUUGGUACAGAUGUCGUAGCAAAAUUUUUAAAUAGGCAUGACUUAGAUCUCAUAUGUAGAGCACAUCAGGUUGUAGAAGAUGGCUAUGAAUUUUUCGCUAAGAGGCAAUUGGUUACAUUGUUUUCUGCUCCAAACUAUUGUGGGGAAUUUGAUAAUGCAGGAGGAAUGAUGUCUGUUGAUGCAACACUAAUGUGUUCAUUUCAAAUUUUGAAACCAUCUGAAAAGAAAGCGAAGUAUCAAUAUUCAGGAUUAAACUCGGGAAGACCGUCUAGUAAUACAACUGCUGUGAAAAAGAAAUAA